GCAGGGGAGGAGCCCCGGAAGACUCAGAGGAGGGGCGUCGGCUCGCGGUCCGCCGCUUCUCAGGGGUGGGGCUGCUGCAGAGCAUCUCAGCGAACCUAGCAGGAACUGGAGCCACUCUUUGUUCUAGUUGCUGCCUCCUAAACCCUCCCGCGCCUGGGUCCAGUUUCCUAGCCUUUCCCGCUCUCUCCUCCCGCCUGUCCCCGACAGCUGGGCCCUGCGUCCCCCACCCCAACCUCUUCGUCCAAGAUCCUGCGCUCACCCUUUCCCCAAACUUCUGUUCGGUGCCCUUGCCUGGUCCCCUUCCCUCCACCCUCCCUCCUGCAUCGUCUUCCCCCCCCCGGUCCGCUCUCGCAUCCUCCUUUUCCCAAGCUCUGGGUCGCUCCGCCCGGCCCCGCCCCUCCAGACAGGGGAUGUCCCCCGCAGCCCCGCGCCCAUGGUCCUGACGCUGCUGCUCUCCGCCUACAAGCUCUGCCGUUUCUUCGCCAUGUCGGGCCCACGGCCGGACCCUGAGCGGCUAGCGGUACCGGGGCCGGACGGGGGUGGCGGCGCGAGCCAAUGGUGGGUGGCGGGCAGCCGCAGGCCCCGCGAGUUAUCGCCGGGGGCAAGCACCGAGGUGCAGGGCGCCCUGGAGCGCGCACUGCCCGAGCUGCAGCAGGCGCUGUCGGCGCUGAAGCAGGCAGGCAGCGUGCGGGCCUUGGGAGCCGGCCUAACUGAAGUUUUCCAGCUUGUCGAGGAGGCCUGGCUGCUACCGGCCAUGGGCCGCGAGGUAGCCCGAGGCCUGUGCGACGCUAUCCGCCUGGACGGUGGCCUGGACCUGCUGCUACGCCUGCUCCAGGCGCCGGAGCUGGAGACGCGCGUGCAGGCUGCCCGUCUGCUGGAGCAGAUCCUGGUGGCCGAGAACCGGGACCGCGUGGCGCGCAUCGGGCUGGGCGUGAUCCUGAACCUGGCAAAGGAGCGUGAGCCGGUGGAGCUGGCGCGCAGCGUGGCCGGCAUCCUGGAGCACAUGUUCAAGCACUCGGAGGAGACGUGCCAGAAGCUGGUGACAGCCGGUGGCCUGGACGCGGUACUGUACUGGUGCCGCCGCACGGACCAGGCGCUGCUCCGCCACUGCGCGCUGGCGCUAGCCAACUGCGCGCUGCACGGGGGCCAGGCGGCGCAGCGGCGCAUGGUGGAGAAGCGUGCCGCCGAGUGGCUCUUCCCGCUCGCCUUCUCCAAGGAGGACGAGCUGCUGCGCCUGCACGCCUGCCUGGCCGUGGCCGUGCUGGCCACCAACAAGGAGGUGGAGCGCGAGGUGGAGCGCUCCGGCACGCUGGACCUCGUGGAGCCGCUCGUGGCCUCGCUGGAUCCUGGGCGCUUCGCCCGCUGCAUGGUGGACGCCAGUGACACCAGCCAGGGCCGCGCCCCUGACGACCUGCAGCGUCUGGUGCCACUGCUUGACUCUUCACGCUUGGAGGCCCAGUGCAUCGGGGCUUUCUAUCUCUGUGUGGAGGCAGCCAUCAAGAGUCUGCAGGGCAAGACCAAGGUAUUCAGCGACAUAGGUGCCAUCCAGAGCCUGAAACGCCUCGUCUCCUACUCCACUAAUGGCACCACAUCGGCGCUGGCCAAACGCGCGCUGCGCCUGCUGGGCGAGGAGGUGCCGCGGCGCAUCCUGCCCAGCGUGCCCAGCUGGAAGGAAGCCGAGGUCCAGACGUGGCUGCAGCAGAUCGGCUUCUCCCAGUACUGCGAGAAUUUCCGGGAGCAGCAAGUAGAUGGAGACCUACUUCUGCGGCUCACCGACGAGGAACUCCAGACCGACCUGGGCAUGAAGUCGGGCAUCAUCCGCAAGAGGUUUCUCCGGGAGCUCACGGAGCUCAAGACCUUCGCCAACUACGCAACGUGCGACCGCAGCAACUUGGCUGACUGGCUGGGCAGCCUGGACCCGCGCUUCCGCCAAUACACCUACGGCCUGGUCAGCUGCGGCCUGGACCGCUCGCUGCUGCACCGCGUGUCCGAGCAGCAGCUCCUAGAGGACUGUGGCAUCUGCCUGGGCGUGCACCGCGCCCGCAUCCUCACGGCCGCCAGAGAAAUGCUACAUUCCCCGCUGCCCUGCACCGGUGGCAAGCCCAGCGGGGACGCUCCAGACGUCUUCAUCAGCUACCGGCGGAACACGGGCUCCCAGCUGGCCAGCCUCCUGAAGGUGCACCUGCAGCUGCAUGGCUUCAGUGUCUUCAUCGAUGUGGAGAAGCUAGAAGCUGGCAAGUUCGAGGACAAGCUCAUCCAGAGCAUCAUGGAUGCCCGCAACUUUGUGCUGGUUUUGUCGGCUGGGGCUCUAGACAAGUGCAUGCAAGACCAUGACUGCAAGGACUGGGUACACAAGGAGAUCGUGACUGCUUUGAGCUGUGGCAAGAACAUCGUGCCUGUCAUUGACGGCUUCAAGUGGCCAGAGCCCCAGGCCCUGCCGGAGGACAUGCAGGCUGUGCUCACCUUCAACGGCAUCAAGUGGUCCCACGAGUACCAGGAGGCCACCAUUGAGAAGAUCAUCCGCUUCCUGCAGGGCCGCUCCUCCCGGGACUCGUCUGCUGGCUCCGACACCAGUUUGGAGGGCACUGCACCCCCGGGGCCCCAUCUAACCAGCCCCUAGCUCCCAUUUCCAUCAUGACUCCCAUUUCCAUCAUCCUCCCCACCCCAGUGGAACAGCCCCUCAAACUGGCCUCUCUGGGCUGAGGCAGCCUAGGCUCUUCUCAGGAAAUGGCUGACUCCCCUGCCCUCAUGGUCCACCUCAAACCCAACAUCCUCAGUAUCUGCAAAGAGAAGGGAAGCCAGGCAUUGGGGGUGCUAAGACCUCCCCCAGGCCCUUGCCCUCGGUUCCUGUCUUGAGUGUGGAAGGGUCACUGCUCAGCUCUGAGGAGGUUCUGGAGGAGGAGGGUUUUCUGUGUGUUAUGCUUUCCUGCCCUGCCAACAGCCAGCUUGAGUAGAGUGAAGGCAGGCAAACUCCAGCAGGGGUUGGUGCCAUGGCCACCCCUCUCCGUCAAGCAAGGGCUUGGGCCUGGGAGCCAGCCAGGGACGAGAGGCCAGCCAUGGUCUCCACUGAGGGUGCACCUGGCCCCUGCGCUCACCACUUCCUACCGCUCUGUGGCCUUGCCUCAUAGCCACUCAGUGCCCGUAGCUAGCCUGGCCUGACCCCAGGUCCCCUCCCAGCCUUCCUGAUGUGCAGCCUCCUUUGCCACACCUGGGGUCAGGGUGAUGGCGAGCCAGCCCUCACUCAGGCUGGUCGGCAGCUGCGGCCUGUGCUCACAGGUGCAAUAGGAGCUCCUGCUUGGGCCUGAGCAGGGGAGGCUGUGUCUCAGAGUGCAGCUAGCCAACCUAUUAUGCCUUGGUGCUGUGUGCCAGGCCUCUGCCCAGCCUGGCUCAGCCCCCCAUCCACCCACCAAAGGCUGCUCACCACCCACUGACUCAGGGAGGUGGAGCGAGGCAGCCCCAUGGGGCAGCAGAAGUAGCCUGGGCAGAACCUGUAGCUCCCCCAGGUGUGAACCCAUUGCCCUCCAGGAGGGGAGGGGCAAGGCCGGUGAGGAAAGGCAAGAUCCUGAAGAGGGGGAAGGGGUGCACCUGAAUCACAGGAGGAUUUUGUUAAAAUUCCAUUCAGGACACCUGGGGUGGGGCCCGAGCUCCUGCAUUCCUCAUGAACUCCCGGGUAGGCUAAAGCUGGUGACCAAGGAAUGACAUUCAGUACCUUAGGCAGCCAGGCUCUAAGGCCUCACAGAUGUCAGUCAUUUCCCUGACACUUCACCCCCUGGCCUCUAAUCACCAGAGCAACCUUACCUGGUAUCAUCUCCGUCUGACAGAGAAGGACCUGAAUGACGUGCCCAGUGUCCCAAGUCACCAGAGACAGCCCCAGGACGCAGACCGGGCCUCCUGGCGCCCCGUCCAUGGCCAGGGGCACUGCUCCCUUGAGAAUUAUCCAGGAGGCUGCACCCCAGGCAGGGCUGUUGCUCUACAGAACGGCCAGCUUCCCUCUUGCCCCCCAGGACUCUAGCCAUGGGGGACAGGCUUUCACAACAGACGGCUGACCCAGAGGCUGUAAAGAAAUAACUCAGCAGAAGUGUCCCUUGGUCCCUCUCUCUGCCAGGGGUAGAGAGCAUCUCCUGCCAAUAAAUGCAGGCUCCAGCUAAUGGGCUCGGCGGGCACCAGCCCAGCCCCUCCCCUCCCAGGGGCAGUGGGUUCACAGCUGGCUCAGGUCCCAGAGCUGCCUCCCACGGAUGCAAGCCAGGCCCCCUUGGAGCUCCCCAGCCAAAUCUAUACAAAGACAAAGGUCUUGCUCCAGGCUUGGAACUCCUUCCUUCCACUCCCUUCCCUGCCAGAUACACUAGCCAGUCCUCUGGGUGCCCUUGACCCUUUCUCCUUCAUGCUUCGUGAACGCCCACCAAUGUCAGGCCCUGGACAGGAGAGCAGAUGUUGCCCCCUAGAGCAGAGGCAGUAACAAUAUAAUGUGACGAGUCUCCUCCAGAGAAGGCCUUGUCUUCUUGUUCCCCAUCAGUCCCACUCCCUCCAGAGGCCCCUCACCGGCAGUACUCGGAGAGGUUGCCCAGCACACCCUCCACUGCCUGCCUCCUCUCUCUGGGGAAUCAGAGCCCAGCCUCAAGGCCCUGCUGGAGCAGCUGAAAUAAAAACCCUUACCAGUGCA